AUGUCUCGUAUGGACUUAAGGGAGACAGAAAGUGGGCCACCCAGUGAAGGAGGUCAAAGGCUAGAGGCCACAUCAAUGGAGAUGCAGGUCCGCCAGAGUCUACCCGAGAUUAUCAUUACAACCAAAGACGACUACCAGCCAAAGGACUCCAAUCAAACAUCCAGCUCUGACAAGAAUCACACCAAAUCUGAGGCCAAGGGCACCUAUGGUGGAGGUGAGGAGAUCAGUGGUGCAGAGCCCAAGGAUGGUCCCCAUGACUGCCCUCACAAGAAGACCCAGAGCAUCGGUCAUAGGCUGGUCCGGCGAAGGGCGCUGUUUGAGAGGAGGCAGAGGCUGAAUGACUGUGCACUCGCUGUGGGGAUGUUUGGAGUAGUGGUCAUGGUCACCGAGACAGAGCUCUCCUGGAGCGUCUACAGUAAGAGCUCCAUAUACUCCGUGGCUAUGAAGUCUAUUAUCAGCCUGUCCUCUCUUAUCCUGCUGGGCCUGAUCAUUGCCUACCACAUCUGUGAGGUGCAGCUCUACAUCCACGAUAACGGAGCAGAGGACUGGCGAAUCGCCAUGACAAUGGAGCGGGUGACCCUGAUCGCCCUGGAGCUGUUUGUAGCGAUGGUGCACCCGUUCCCAGUGGGUCUCCCAUUGUCAUGGCAAGCCAUGUCCCCCACGCUGUCAGAGACAGAGCUCGAGAUUGUGCUGGCUCUGCCCAUGUUCCUGCGACUCUACCUCCUGGGUCGUGCCUUGAUGCUGCACAGCCGACUCUACACAGACACGGCCUCGCGCAGCAUUGGCGCCCUCAACAAGAUCCACUUCAACAGCCGUUUUGUGGUCAAAGCGCUGAUGACCAUCUACCCUGGCACUGUGUUGAUGAUCUUCAGCGUCUCUCUGUGGCUCAUCGCUGCAUGGGGCCUACAUGUCUGUGAGAGACACCACAACUAUAAGGACCUGAGCAGUAACUACAUGGAGGCCCUGUGGAUGGUCUCGGUCACCUUCUUGUCCAUUGGUUAUGGGGAUGUUGUUCCCCACACCUACUGUGGCCGCAGCAUCUGUCUACUCACUGGGAUCAUGGGGGCUGGUUGCACAGUGCUGGUGGUUGCCGUGGUUGCCAGGAAACUAGAGCUGACCAGGGCAGAGAAACACGUCCACAACUUCAUGAUGGAUUCCCACUUUACAAAAGGGAUAAAAAUUGCUGCAGCAAAUGUACUUAGAGAGACUUGGAUGAUCUACAAACACACCAAGCUGGCCAGGGAGAGAGACCACUGCAGAGUACGCAUGCACCAGAGGAAGCUGCUGCUCGCAAUCCACCGGCUGCGUGAUGUGAAGAUGGAAAGGAGGAAAUUGGCUGACCAGGCCAACACGCUGGUGGAUCUCUGCAAGAUGCAGAAUCUGAUGUAUGACGUGCUGUCAGAGGUGAGUGGAUGUCGAGGGGACCUGGAAACACACACAAACAGUCUGCAGCAGAAUGUGGAGGAGCUGAGAGAAGGCUUCAGGACCCUAAUGCCACUCCUCUCCUGUACCCUCGCCACACAAAACGCUUCCAUCCGCCACCUGCUCAGGGAGAGGGAGGAGCAGGCAGUGACAUGGAGCAUGGCAGGGCAGGAUAGGUAA